ACACACUCCCCGAACUCGCAAGCUCUCCAUCAAUUCGCGCUACGUACGCUCAUAUAUUCACAUUGUCCCGCUACAACGUAUACAUCAGUUGAUCCUAAAUAUAAUUAUUAUUAUUAUGAUUAUUAUAUACAUGUAAUAUAUUCGGCAUAACGUGACGAUCGGUCGAUCGGUUUGAUCCUCGCGGUAAAACUUUGGUAUAUAAGUCAUAAUAUGUAAAGUUCGCAUCCGCAGUGGUUGCGUUUUCUCUCUUUUUCAAUACACACGCCAACAUAAUAUAUAUGCACGCGAAGGUUUAGCGCAGCAGUCGCGUUUGGCGCGUAGACGCACCACUACGCACCUCAUCGGUCUACCAGCGUUGGCCCGAUUGAUUUAUAAACGGCAAAUAACAAUUCAUAAAUCGGAGAAGAAGAAGAAAAAAGCUUAAAAAUCAAAGGCAAUGUCGGAGCAAGCGACACUCGAUUCAUCUCGGGAAAAUAAACGCGCUUGAUUCAAGUUAACGAGCGGAGCCGGCGCCUAUACGCGGCAGGACCAUUGAAGCGCGCAGUGCGUCGUCGGUAUAUAUUAUAUAUUUACAUUACUUCAUCGAAGCUUUCUUCCACCGGCACUCCGAUGACGAAAGAAAAACGCGAGUGCAUGUCCUGCCGGGACGUGUUGUGGAUCCUCGUGUUCUGGGGCUUCGCCGUGAACUACAUGCUGCGAAACAACCUGAACCUGGCGAUAGUGGGGAUGGUGGUGCCCCGAGAAACGUCCGCAGCAGCCUCGGAGUGCACGGGCCCGAGGAACGGCUCGGCGAUCGGUGCCGUGAGACACGUGGACCACAACAUCACGGCCAGCAGCGAGGCAUCGGGAAAGAGCUUCGACGAUCGGUACCACUGGAACGAGUACCAGCAGGGUUUGGCGCUCGGUGCCUACUACUGGCUACACUGGGUCUUGCAGCUACCGGGUGGCCUGCUCGCUCGCAAGUACGGCACGAAAAUGGUCUUUGGUCUGGGCAACCUGCUCGUCGCCCUCACCGGCUUCCUCAUACCCCUGGCUGCGCACUACAGUCUCAAUGCCCUCAUCUGCCUCCGAGUGAUUCAAGGACUGAUAGCUGGUAUCGUGUGGCCAUCCAUGCACGACAUGACAGCCAAGUGGAUACCCCCAAACGAGCGCAGUCGCUUCGUCAGUUCGUACCUGGGUAGUUCGGUGGGCGCAGCCAUCACAUAUCCCCUGUGCGCCUUCAUCAUCGCCGCUUACGACUGGGAAGCUGUAUUCUACGUCACCUCGGUCGUUGGUAUCGUAUGGUACGGCUUUUGGCUAAUCUUGGUUUACGACACGCCUCGCGAUCAUCCGCGAAUAUCGGAUGAGGAGAGGAACUACAUCAUCAAGAGCCUCGUGGAAUCACGAAACGACAACGACGACGACGACGACGGUGUUGUUGUCGGUGACGAUGAAUCGAGAAAGAAGCGGAGGAGCAAAAAAGUGCCGUGGGGGGCCAUUUUGACGUCAGGUCCGUUUUGGGUGACCAUUAUUGCUCACUGGGGCGGCGUCUGGGGCUUCAUUACUUUCAUGACCCAAGCACCCUCCUACUUCAAUUACGUGCAAGGAUGGAACAUCAAUGCGACUGGCUUGCUCUCGGGUUCGCCGCACGUGGCCCGCAUGUUGUUCUCGUACACGUUUUCCAUGGUGGCCGACUGGCUGUUGCGCACCAAACGCAUGAGCCUCACCGGAGUACGAAAAUUCGCGAAUCUCGUCUGCGUCGGGGGACAAGGUGUCCUCACCGUCGGUCUGGCUCUGAGCGGCUGCGAGCCGGCUUACGCCACCUUUUUCAUGAUUACCGGCACGGCCAUCAACGGGGCCGUCUCGUCCGCGACGAUUCCAGUUUUCGUGGAGCUCAGUCCCAAUUACGCGAGUGUGCUGUUUGGCUUCUGCAAUCUGGUCACUUCCCCGGCUGGUUUCAUCUCGCCGCUCGUCGUCGGUCUUCUCACCAACAACAACCAAACGAUCGGCCAGUGGAGGCUCGUCUUUCUGAUAUCGGCGGCGAAUCUGGGCUUCAGCGCCAUCGUUCAUUUGGUUUGGGGCACGGCGGAGGAGCAGCCCUGGAACAACUGGAAGCCCAGGGAAAAGAGCGCCAAGGAGAACGUCGAAGGGGCACACCGCGAGGUCCGAGGGCUCAUCGCGGAGAAGCCCGGGAGCGUCGAGGAUAAAGACAACGAGGCGCGAGACACACCGACGACUCAAAGGCCUUAAAAUUAUUUGUUUUUUCUCUUCCGAUUUAGCGAAUCGGGAGAUUAUUGUAAAUAUUUUCAAACUGCAUCAGCAGUGUGUAUUUAUACAGUAGUGGCGCUCUGAUGGAUACGUCGAACCAAAGAUGUUAGGGGGGGGGAGCGAAUAUAUAUAUACACGUUUGUUUGUUACCUAGUUUUACAAUAAACUCAGGAUGAAAGUUU